AUGCCGAAUCCAAAUAUAAGCAUAGCCUUUGAUCUGUACGGCACUCUCCUGUCGACAGAUGCCAUCUUGGACCAGGUGGCUGAGAUGUGCGGUGAUGAAACCAAGGCCAAGCAGAUUACGAGCCUCUGGCGGAGAUACCAGCUCGAAUACAGCUGGAGGAUCACAGCAAUGGGAAUAUACCGUCCCUUUGCCGACAUCACGGAAGCAGCCCUGAAGCACGCGGCGGCCGAGGCCGGGGUGCCCCUGAGCACAGAAGCCGUGGCCGCGCUGCAGCGCAGCUACGACGCGCUCUCGGUCUACGGCGACGUGGAGCAGGGCCUGCGGCAGCUCGAGUCGGAGCGGCGCGAGGGCGGCCGCGACGUGCGGUGCUUCAUCUUCAGCAACGGCACCGCGGCCGCCGUGAGCGCGAGCAUCGCCAGCUCGCCCACCCUGUCGCGCUACCAGUCCGUCUUUGAGAAGCCGCCGCUCAGCGUCGAGGCCGUCGGCGCCUUCAAGCCCGCCAGCGCCGUCUACGAUCACCUCGUCGCCGAGGCCACGGCGAGCAGGACCGACGGCGGCGGCGGCGACGGUGGUGCGGUCGGCGUCGAUGAUGUGUGGCUCGUCACGGCGAACCCGUUCGAUGUCGUCGGUGCUAGGGCCAACGGCGUCAAGGUGGUGUGGAUCGAUAGGGCCGGCACCGGCUGGAUCGACCGGCUUGGGGAGGUGAUCGCGACGGAUAUUGGACCUACCCAUAUCGAGGCUGGGGUUCACGAGGCUGUUUUGAGGAUUCUUUACAGUUAUGUCUAA